GACAUAAGUUUCUCAAUGCAUACAUUGAAAUCUAUAUAUGUAUUCCAUUGUAAAUUUCAUGCAUUAAGACAAGAAUGGAGUGAUUUACGCACAGGGAGGCUACUGAGUAUUUAAAUUAUAAGAGGCGCACACAAUGGAAGACAGUGCGUAUGACGAGUUGGUGAGAGGGCGCAGUGUCAACGAGGAUGACUUCAGUACUAAUUCUGGCAACCCUACGAAAACCCCAAGCAUCAACGCGAGUUAUAUCCCAGUACCCAACCCAUCAUUGCAUCCUGAGAAAGCCUUUCAGGUCAAUCUCGAGAGGGCGCGCUCUAGGUACCUAACGGUCGAACUGCCACUUCUUCUAGUGACUUUGAGCAUAAGUAUUCUCAGCACGUUGCGGUCGGAAUACCUCAGGGAGCGGAUAGCAAGGGAUGUCUACCACUACAACACAUCGACGCACAAUAAAACAUGUGGUGGAAAUUCUUCGAGUGUUGAAGAUGGCAUCCAAGCUACAACUGCCCAGUGGCUUCUUAUUCUUGGUGCAAUAAACGCAAUUCCAGGUCUGUUCAUGGCUAUAAUCCUCGGAUCCAUCAGCGACCGGCUCGGCCGUAAACCGGCCCUGGGAUUGUGCCUUUUCGGUUACCUCUUAAACACCGCUGGCAAUAUCCUCGUCAUCUACUUCCACCUCCCCAUCCCGGCCUUCAUCGCCGGGGAUCUCAUCGGCGGUCUCGGCGGAGGGCUUUCGCUGCUCCUCUCAACGAGUGCAGCCUACGUGUCCGACUUGUCCUCAGCGAAAACGAGAACGAUGCGUAUUGUCAUCGUAGAGACCAUGCUGUUUGUUGGGUUCGGGAUCGGACAAAUAGCGCUUGGGUUUACUCUGCAGGAGAGUCAGGACCCGACGCUCAAUAAGUAUCUUCCCCCGCUGUGGAUAGCUUUAGGGUGUACCCUUGCAUCACUGGUGUAUGUUCUUUCCCCAUGGUUGAUCAUCGAGACUGUUGAUAGGAAGAAGGCUGAUAAGGCCGGUUCACAAGUAACAAAGGUCCUAGUCGGAAUCUAUCACUUAUUGAAGGAAAAUACAGAUAAACGGCGAAUGAAAGUGAUUGGCUAUACUGUCAUCAUGAUGUUCGCCGUUUUUGUAGUCCAAUCAGCAUCUCAGGUUUUCGUCGUUUACAGCUUGGGUGAGCCCUUCUGUCUAGGGCCUUUGGAAGUGUCCUUCGUCAGUGUCACAUCCGUUGUCUCUGGAUCCAUAGGAAUGAUUGUUGGUGGUGCGGUGCUACCUCGAUUCCUUAACGAUAACUGGAUACUUCAGAUAUGUUUGGUGAAUUCCAUAUUGACCAGUUUAAUUACAGGCUUGGCGACAACGAAAUGGAUGCUAUAUCUAAGUUCUGCUCUCAGUCUUGUGAAGGCUCUUUCGUUCCCAGUGAUACGAUCUCAACUAUCCAAGAUGUCUGCCGCACAUGAGAAAGGACUAAUGUUGGCUUUCAUUGGCUGUAUGGAUGGAUUGGCGGGAUUCCUAUCACCUCUUAUUUCAAAUUCCAUCUACUCCAGUACAUUAUACUUCUAUCCGCCCUUCGUCUUCUUUUUCCUAUGCGGUCUGCACAUCAUCCCGAUCAUUGUAACAGGCUUAUUGCAGUUGAGUCAAAGGAACUCUUACAAGCAACUUGUCAACGACAGCGAUGAAAAGGAAAACUAAAUCAGAAUGUGACAAAGGAGAAUCUACUUAUUUUGGCCAGAAUUAAGUACUAAAGCGGUAUUUUAUAUUGAUACCAUCAUGUUGUUACCUCAACUUUGUUUACAUACAUUUUAUAUCAUCAUUUUAGAUAUUACCGCUAACGUGAAACUUACAGAUCAAUUCCCAUUUAUCAAUAUCACCUUACUAUAUUAAAGUACUGACGUCAUGGAUAUUUUGGCAUUCGUAAGCACAAGUGCACUUUUCCACUAAAUAAAUAUGUUACAUACUGUAUCUCCCCAGGGAUGUUUAACCUCGGAAAUCGCACACGUUUUUUUUAUUUUGAUAUUUGCAUAAUGUAAUGUUGACCUUUUUAUGUCUAGGCUCUAUCGCAAGGCUGAUUUCAUAUUUUUUCUUAUUGUUUAUGAUUUCUUAUUCAUGGAGCAACCGAUAUAUGCACCCAAUAUGCAAAGCAGAUUUAAUUGUUAUUAUUUGUUUACAUACACAACGUUUUAAACAGGUUUUAAUAAACAAAUGAUAUAUCUUCCUCAUCUUCUUGUUACCAAAGAUAUAUAUAUGCAAAUACUAUUAUUCAGAUUUUUAUACGAUAUAUUUAUAGGUCUGUAUAUCAUUUGUGUACAACUCUAAAAACAGUUUACCAAAUAUUGGGUAAAAUGGGAACAUGUAUGCUUGCUGGGUAAAAUGAUACCAAAUACUUUGUAAAUUUUACGCAAUGUUGCGUUGAAAUUUACCCUUUAAACUUGCAUUUUGCCCAAUAUGGGGAAAAAUACACAGACAUGCUUGUUCCCUGUCUACCAAAUAUUGGGUAAAUUUUUACUCACUUUUUUAGAGUGUAAGUUAGAGCAGUAGAGAGUCUUUGCACAGCGACCUACGGAGGAUUCAAGAACAUAGAAAAUGUAUUGUUAUGACAAAGAACAGCCAAUAAUCUUCGUCGAUAAUUGAUGAAUCAAAACAGCAGUUUAGUCAAUGAGUCUGGACAAACGACAUUUUUACAAUUUUUCUUCAACGUAUAAUACUAAGGAUGAUGCUCCUGUUCCUGUUCGCACCAAUUUUCGAUAAAGACCUCCAAGCUGUUUUUUGUCAUUUUGACGGGCAUUUCCAAUAUAUUUACUAUAUUCUUGAAACAUUCGUACGUCGUGAAGCGAAAAUUCCUACAUCAAAGAUCUUUGUUCAGUUAUAUAUGUCAUUGUAUCUUCUUAUAGCUGCUCCCUGUGUGAUGACGACUUACCUGAUAUGAAAUAACUACUUAAAAGAAAAUUUGUUAUUGCGCAAUGAGCUCAAUCUUUUUUUUUAAAUACCACGUUGUUAAUGAGACUUUGGUGCUAUGAUUUUGAUAUGUUGCUGUUGAUUAUAUGUGCACUGAAAUAAAUAGAUCAGUUAGUUUGUCGAAUUCAAUUACAUGAUCAAUCAAUC